AUGUCCAACCACACUGAAGCCAACCGACCACUGGUCGACCCAACUGCCGAAGAAGCAGAUGGCCAUCAACCUACAGAGACGACCAGUCUCCUCCCCAAACCAAAAGCUGCGGACGAGAAGCCCGCCGACGUGCACUAUCGCAACAUUACGGGUCCCCGCUUCCGCUUCCUCUUCGCCAGCAUCAUCUUCGGGUCAACCAUUGCCUUUUUCGAUAGUACCCUGAUGGCCUCGGCACAUCCCGUGAUCACUUCCUACUUUCACGCCUCCAAUGCAGCGUCUUGGGUCAGCACCGUCUUCUACUUGACGUCGACGGUCUUCCAGCCCCUCUACGGUCGCCUGUCUGACACAAUUGGCCGGCGGCCUGUGUUUCUGGCUGCCAUCACCAUGUUCUUUCUUAGUACGGCAUGGUGUGGUGCCGCCGGCAAUAUUGGCAGCUUCAUUGCCGCUCGGGGAGUCUGCGGAUUGGGCGCCGGCGGCGUCAUUUCCAUGGCAGGCAUCUUGACAAGCGAUGUAGUCAAGAUCGAGUAUCGAGGCAUCUAUCAAAGUUACUUCAAUGUGUCAUAUGGUCUCGGUAACGGCCUGGGUGCCGCACUGGGCGGGCUCCUUUGCGAUCGCCUUGGCUGGCGCGCCGCAUUCUACUUGCAGCUUCCAUUCAUCUUCGUCUACGGGAUGCUCGCCUUCUUGUCCUGCCCUGCCGACCUAGGCCCGAAUCUUGCCAAAACCCAGGGCAAAACCAUCCGGGAGUCCUUCAAGACGUUUGACAGUCUAGGCGCCAUUUUCCUGACAGUCACCGUCAGCUGCCUCAUCCUUGGCGUCAACCUCGGCGGCAACGUCUUUCCCUGGACCCACCCGGUGGUGAUCAGCAGUCUUGUCCUGUUCGUCGUAGCAGCGGCCUCUUUAUACUUCGUCGAACGAAAGGCGUACCUACCCAUCAUGCCCGUCAAGCUUUUGUCGACCAUCCCAACCGCGAACCUGAUGUUUUCCAACGUCAGCGGGGCCAUCGCCACAAACACCAUCAUCUUCAACGUCCCCCUCUACCUGCAGGCAGUCAGGCAAACGAGUCCCACCGAGUCCGGUCUGUUUCUGAUCUCGCCUCUUAUAGGCGGCACCAUCACUUCGGUUUCCGUGGGGUUCUAUAUCACCAAAACGCGCCGACUGAAGGGGCCCAUCACCGUCGGCACGGGCGCAUCCCUGAUCGGGACCAUUCUGGCUGCCUGUCUGAGGGGCGACACGCCAAAGUGGGCAGUCCCCCUCCUGAUUCCGUGGUGCUACACCGGGCAAGGCUUGUUCUUCCCCGCAACCACUGUCUCGGUGCUGUCGCUGCAUUCUCAGGACGAGCAAGCGGUGGUAACGACCACGCUAGGCCUGCUGCGCAACUUGGGUGCCAUCUUGGGCGUCGCCAUCAGUAGUUGGGUCCUUCAGAACGCGCUCCUGGUCUAUCUCUACCGCCUAGUCACCGCCCCGGACGAAGCGGCCAAGGAAGCCAUCAUCCGCACGGUCCGCAAGUCGAUUCAGUCAAUCGCCACCCUGGAUCCCCUGCACAAGGGACAGGUCAUUGAUGCCUACGCGCAGAGUAUUCGUGUCACCUUCGCGGUCGGCAUCAUUUUCACGUUCCUGAGUAUCGUGCUUGUAUGGCCCAUCUCUCUGCCAAGACUGAAGGGCCAAGACGAAAUGGACAGAGAGAACCCUGGUCUUUUGCCACCCGCCGCGGACGAGGAGGGUGUCUUCUCCGACGACGACACCGAAGAGGACGACAAUGUCAGCGAGGCAUCCCUGGCCAUAGCACGAACCACGUCGUCCAUUCACCGCACCACUACCAACCGAAGUGUUCGCACAGCAGGAUCGGGGUCGAGCAGGACAGUUCCGCAUGCGAACAGGCGGCCAAGUUUCACUCUCAAUUUCUAG